AUGGGGCUUUCGGGCACCAUUGAAGUGUUGGAGAACAUGACUAGUUUGUACCAAGUUUGGCUCCAUAGGAACCUAUUCACUGGUCCAAUUCCGGACCUUUUGCAUUUGGAUACACUAUUCGAUCUUCAGCUCCAUGAUAACUUGUUAACCGGCAUUGUUCUGACUAGUUUGUCAUCAAUUCCGAGCCUACGAAACAUUACUUUGGCGAACAAUAAAUUGCAGGGUCCUAUGCCUUCAUUCCCUAAGUCUGUCACCAAUGUUGAACUCGACGGAACGAACAGUUUCUGUAAGGACACUCCCGGACCUUGUGAUGCUCAGGUGUCAGCUUUGCUUGAUGUUGCAGGAUAUUUGGGCUAUCCAACGGUGUUAGCAAAUUCAUGGAAAACCAAUGAUGCUUGCUCAGAUUGGAGUUUUGUUAUCUGUGAUUCGGAUGGGAAUGUUAUCACUGUGAAUUUUCAAAAGCAGCGUUUUGUGGGGACGAUCUCACCGGCUUUUGCUAAUCUUACAUCUUUAAAGAAUUUGUACCUGAAUGAUAACAGUUUGACUGGUUCGAUUCCGAAGACCUUGACCCUUUUGCCUCAGGUUCUUGAUGUUUCUAAUAACAAUCUUACUGGAGAAAUUCCCACUUUUCUCACCUUCAACGUUAUUAUAUUGAUGAGGAACGACGAGAUUGCAGUGCUUCUGCAGGCGUUGGACCUCAAGUGGGAACAACGAGAAGAAACGCAAUUGGCGGAGCUUAAGUCCGUUAUCAAUAAGCGUCUGGCUCACGUCUCUCCUCCGCCAUCGCCGGGCCAUGGUGGUGAGAACAGUGCGGUACAUGAGCAUAAUCGAGUGUCGGGUAGACGUUCAGAGACUGAUGCUGAUUGUCGAGAGCUGAAUUCCAUACUCAAAACCCUCCAGGUGAAGGCCCCUAGAUUCGAUGGGUCUGAGGCGGACGACUGGGUUUACAAGAUCAAAAAAUUCUUCGAUCUUCAUCGUGUUGACCCGACCGUGAGACUUUCAGUGGUUCCGUUCCAUUUGGAUGAGGAACCAUCGACAUGGUUUUAG